AAGUUUAGUCUGACCUUAGCAGUAACUUUGCUCUGAUAUAAAAUGGCCAGUUAUGCAAGCACCGGUUCUUUAUUCUUCUAGACCGUUUCGUUAACCGGAAGACCCCGAUAGUCUCUUGAAUUCGACGUGUUUGGGUUCUGCUUUUAGGAAGUAGAUUUUGCGAUUCCACUAUGAUUCAUCUGGGAGUUGGAAGUUUAAUGAUAAUAGCCACUCUGAUUAAUAGCUGUUUCUGCGCAUGCUCAAGAAGAGGUGUCGAGUGCAUUGAAUAUCAAGUUAUUAGUCGACAUCAGGGUUAUGAAGAAAGACAACUUCCUCCUGCAACAUGGAUUAGUACAACUGCUGAAGGAUCUUCAUUGACGGAAGCCAAUAACGAGAUGUAUAAAAAGCUGUUUGCAUACGUUCAGGGGCACAAUGCUAAAGGAAUGAAAAUAAACACAACGACUCCGAUUCGAACUCGUAUUGUACCGUGCCAUGGUGCAACUUGUGCCUCCAUAUUCAUUAUGUCCUUCCUCAUUCCAUCCGAAUUAGGCGAAAACGCACCUUAUCCAGUAGAUGGAGCACUUUUCAUUGAAAAGGACCCGGCGCUUCGUUAUGCAGUCAGAAUAUUCGAAGGAAGACCAACAGAAUUAGAGUGGUUAGAACAAUCUCAUAUAUUGGCGAAUCUUGUAAAAAAGGAUCCCACAAUUGAUAAGAGUUACUAUUACACUGUAUGGUAUGAUCCACCUUAUCAACUGUUUCACCGCAUGAAUGAAAUAUGGAUGGCGAAAAAACAGGAAAAAGCGGAUAAAGGUCAACUCCUUUCUGUGGAAACAAAAGAUCACAAAGAAAAAAUUUAAAUGCACUUAUGAGUUUUCUUUAAAGACAACUUCACUUCUUUCAUGCUUUACAUUAACUCCACUUGUUUGGAUGAGUUGAGUUUUUGUUUUUAUAAAACAUUUUUAUUUAUUCACAUAGCUUUAAAACUGACAUUUAUAUUGUUUCAUUCAUUAUUUAUCCUGAAUAUAUUUUGGCUCCAAAAUAUUACACUUGAUGGUUAAUUGUUUGCUUAAUUAAUUUACUUAUACAAAAUUGAUUCCUGUCAUAAUUUAUAAUAAUUUAUAAAAAGCAUUUUGUCUAUACGGUAAGUAAAAUAACUGCAAUUUAUCUACUUUUUUUUGUUCAUAUACAAUAAAUAGUGCAUUUAAUUGUAGUUUAAGUAACUGGAUACCCGCAAGUGACGUCAAAGUGGGUAAAUCAUGGCAUUUGUCAAUUUAGAAGUCAACCAGGGCCGACACACAAGUGUGACGUUGCUUAGAGGUAUCCAAUUAAAUCUGAUUUAAAUAAGUUUGGACUUCUCGAUUUCUUCUCGAGAUCCAAGUAUCCAAUUAAGGCAAAAUUUUAAGUUUGUUGCAUAGUAAAUAAAUUGAAAUUUAAAAAAAAUAAAGAAAAUAUUUUAAAGUAAAAAAUUUUUCAUCUUAUAGUUUAAUAUUUUAGACUACUAUAUUUUGCUUAAAUCUAAUUUUAAAAUUCAGAUUAGCAUUUAGAAGUUUUUUAAUGUUAAUAAUAAUAAGUAUAUAUUUUAAAAACCUAUCAAAUCAUGUUCUCGGAAAACGGAAAAAUUCAUUAAUAUAAUGUUUAGAAAAUGUUUAAUGCUGGAAUCGAAUAAAAUUUUUAUCAGACUUCACAUGACUUCAAUAUACAUGAAAUUAUUUAGGACUGGUAUUUGGGAGAAAAAAUAUUUUUUUCCUUGUAUUAUGAUACUAGUAAUGAAGUUUCAUUAAUCUAUAAUCAUCAAUUUUUAUUUAUUUAUCAUAAUUGUGUGAGUUUUUUACCACUAUGUCUUAUAUCAUUAUAUAUGCUUCUGUAAGAUUUUCCCAGUUUUAGUUUUCAUUAUUAAUUUCAAACAUUAUACUAAUUCCAUACAUUAUUUAUUAACUUGUUGUUAGUGUCUUCUGUGUUUUAUAUGUUCUAUUUGUUGUAAUAAAUGUUUGAAAAUAUAUAGACAGUUAGAAAUUGUUGUGCAUUUUUCAAUUGAUGAUCUUCUAAAAAUAAAGUACUUGAAAUGUUUUAAA